AUGAAUUUUGAGGUGAAUAAUAAAUUAUGCCUUAGCGUUGAAUCUAGGAUUGAAAUUGAGCUUGAAAAAAGCCAGCUUAGUGCAUCAGAAAAGUUUUUCUUUUCAGAAUCAAAGUUUGAUUUUUUAGUAGAAGCAGUCUGUAAAUCAUUUGAUGUAAUACAUGACAUUAAUAUUUUGUUGAUCGUAUUAAAGUUAUACUCUGGUAGAGUAAUUGCUUGCAACGAUCACCUGAACAUAUAUGAUGGAUACUCAGAGUAUAACAGACCACAGAUCUUACUUUUGUUGAAAAAGAGCUGGGUUAUUUCUAUUGGAAUAUGCAAAAGAAUCGAAAAACUUGAAACUAAUUUCAUUGAAAAAAUCAACAAUUAUUGUAAUCAAGAAGACUCAAAAGAUAUUUUAACCUGCUUAUCUUGUUUACUAUUGCCAUUUCUGAUAUUUAGUAAAUCUAGGCUUAACGGGAAUCUUCUUCCAUGUAAUUUUAAAGAAAAGUUAUCUCUUUUGGAUGAAAUUAAACUUGGCUCAAGAUUUAGAUGCCUGAAAUUCAUUCAAGACGAGAAAUACAUUCAUAAACCAACCGAAGAGCUCAUAGAGAAAAAGAUCACAAAAACUGAUAAUAAGAAAAGUAUACCAAAGCUUGCAAGUGAAAUUAAUUUACUAAAUACAUUAGAGCAAAGAACACUUGCAAUAUUAAAUAUGAUAACUUUUGAUGAGAAUGGCUUUGGCUAUAAUAAAAUCUUGAACAUUAAUAAUCAUCAUCUUAUUUUUAAUCUUUGGGAGGAGUAUAUAAGUAUUGGUUCUGAAGAAUGUCUGAUAUCUGAAAUUAUAGAAACAAAAAACCUUCCUUCUAUGUGCUUAAAAUGCGAAAUACUAUUUAUAAUAACUACUUAUUCGAGAGAAGGAUCCACUUUUGAGAAGGUUAUUAAGAUAAUUAUUUCAAAGACCUCUAAAGAUCACAAAAUAAUGCAUUAUAUUUGUAAUAGGUGGCAAUCAUUGUUAGGAGAAGAUAAAAUCGAAUAUAUUUCUAAAGAAUCACAAAUUCAAGCAAUAAAAGACUAUUGGAAGAAUAUGAGGAUAUUAAUUUGGGAGUUUCAGAUUUUAGUACCACUUGUUUCAAAAAAUGUUCCAUACUUUAUUAAGCUUCAAAGUAUUGCUUUAAGCUAUUAUUUAAUUUCAAAUUUUGUUCAGACAGAUGAAAUAAUAUAUGAAUACUCACAAGAAAUAGAAUCCAUGAAUAAAGUAUUGCAAGUUUUGUCUAAUGAUAUAAUUAACAUUAUCAAAGGUUCAGUUUUACAUUCUUUUGUGUUGGAAAGAAGCGUGUUGCCAAGAAUCAGUGCUUUUUCUGAAAACACUAUUUUCUCAUGUAAUUUAAUUAAUUUAAUUAGUAGUAUUGCAAAUAUUGAUUUGGGAGAAGAUGCCAACAAAGCAGUUUAUUACCAGCUAGUUUCUAAUAUGUUAUGUGAUCCGUAUCUUACAAGGCAUUUUAGUUUUGAAGGAGAAUCAGGACUUAUUGAUAUGUUUCGUAAUAUUUUAGAUCUGGAUAAAUUGUUAGUUACAGAUAAUUUGAUCAAAUUUAUUUAUCUUUUUGGGCAAAUUCCGAGUGAAAUAAUUACCACGACAUUAUGCCAACCAUCUUUUAAGAACCAAAUUAAGUUACCUUUUUUAAAUACAUUUUCUCCAAGAAUGGUUAAAAAUUCAAAUAGAUACUCUAAUUCACUUAGAUUUACUGAAACAUUUUCAGGAAUAAUAAAAAUUAUAAGUCAGUCAAACGAAACUAACAUUAAGGUUAUAUUGUUAUUUUUGGCAGACUUAGUCAAGAAGCUAUAUAACCAACAUUUGGCUAAUUCUAGAAGUAAAAUAGUAAAUCAAGAUCAAAAUAAAAGUGAUCAAAUAGACUUUUGUUAUUCAUACAUAAUUUUAUACAAGUAUCUAAAUCAUUGUUUUGAGAAAUAUAAUAAUUAUAUUGAUGAACAUGCAACUAUGGCGCUAAAAAGUGUUACAAAACCUGAAAUAAUAAUUCCAAAAAAUAUGAUAUUUAUUUUAUAG